AUGGGCUCUUGCUCCGGAAAGCGUUCUCAAAAUAAUUCUGCUACUAAGAACUCUGGCAACAAACCUGACACAGAUAAUUCUUCACCAUAAAAACUCUAACUUAAUGAUGCUUAAGCCGUUCUUGGCAAUUUGAUCAUCACAAGUGAAAAGCUCGGACGUAUCACUAAGGAUUAUACCCUCUUGAAUCCACCCUUGGGAAGCGGUAUUCACAUUAUUCAAACACUUUUAGGAGCAUACGGGGAAGUCAGAAAGGCUAUCCACAAGAGCACAAAUCUGAUGAAAGCAGUUAAAAUUAUCCACAAAGCUUAAACAAGCAAGGAAGAAUAAGAGAGAUUGAUGAAUGAGGUUAAAAUGCUCUAAAAAUUAGAUCAUCCAAACAUCAUUAAAAUUCAUGAAUUUUAUUAAGAUGAAAGAUUCUUUUAUAUCGUAACAGAACUUUGUACUGGAGGAGAACUCUUUGAUAAAAUCAGGCAAGAGGGUAGUUUCUCUGAAAAGAAAGCCGCUGAAAUCAUGAAACAGAUAUUAUCCGCUAUCAAUUAUUGUCAUGAUGAAAAGAUUGUUCACAGGGAUUUGAAACCUGAGAAUCUUCUUUAUGAAUCUGAUAAGGAAAACUCCAUGCUCAAAAUCAUAGACUUUGGAACUUCCAAAGAAUUCGUUCCCAAUUAAAAGUUGAAUCAGAAAUUAGGUACUCCCUAUUACAUUGCUCCUGAAGUUCUAAAAAAGAAAUAUGAUGAAAAAUGUGACAUAUGGUCUUGUGGAGUCAUACUAUAUAUUUUGUUGUGUGGAUACCCUCCUUUUGAUGGGAAGACUGAAGAAAAGAUUAUGGAAAAGGUAUCUAAAGGUGUUUAUUCAUUUGAUACGUAAGAAUGGGAAGAAGUUACAAAAGAAGGCAAAGAAUUCAUUCGAAAAAUGCUGCAAUUUGAUCCUACUAAGAGAUACAGUGCUCAAUAAGCUUUAAAUGAUCCAUGGAUUAAGAAAUUCACAAAUCCAACUGAAUUUGAUAGACCCUUGAUGACCAAAGUCUUAACAAAUAUGAGAAGAUUUACAGAAUAACAAAAAUUACAGGAAGCUGUUUUCAAAUUUAUUGUCAAUCAAUUGGCCACUAAGGAAGAGAAGGCUGAAUUGCUAAAGAUAUUUCAAUGUUUGGAUACAAAUCAAGAUGGAAAAUUGAGUAAAGAGGAAUUGCUAGUGGGAUAUUCAAAGAUUAUGAAGCCAGUUGAAGCUGCAGAAGAAGUUAAUCGCAUAUUUUAAUAAGUUGAUAAAAACAAUUCUGGUUCCAUUGAUUAUACAGAGUUUGUUAUAGCAACAAUCGAUAGAUAAUAAUUGUUAUCAAAACAAAGAUUGCAAGUAACUUUUCGUAUGUUUGACAAAGAUAAAAGUGGAAGUAUAACUAUAGAUGAAUUGAAAGAGAUAUUUAGUGGAAUACCAGAGGAAAUGUGGAAAUAAGUAGUAUAGGAAUUUGAUUCUAAUUCUGAUGGUUAGAUUUCAUUGGAAGAAUUCUUUACAAUGAUGAAGAAAAUCGAUUGA